AUGCUAAAUGUUGCAAAACAAAAGUCAGAAAAACGUGGGAACUUUCAGAAACAUCCGCCAAACAAGAACAAAGUGAGCUUAGUGGACUCAGAUGAUGAACAUUAUGCAUUUAUUGUAAAUGCCGAGAAACAAUCAUGUAUUUCUGUGACAAUAGGAGGAGUGCAGACGGACAUGAUAAUAGAUUCAGGAGCAACCUGUAACCUGAUCAGUCGACUUGAAUGGGAAAGACUGAAGAACUUUAAAAUGAAGUGUGACUCACGCAAGUGUACAAAGAAACUGUUUGCAUAUGGUAGUAAGACUCCCUUGAAUGUUGCAGGAAGUUUCACAGCAGAAAUUUCAGUUGGCAAAACUACACAUGUGGCCGAAUUCAUUGUUGUGGAAGGUGGCAUACAAAAUCUUCUGGGUAAAGACACAGCGUUAUUACUGAACGUGCUCAGACUAGGACCCGAACUGUCAGAAUAUGUUAACAGUAUAUCAAGACAAGACUUGUUACACCAGUUUCGUGAUGUAUUCAGUGGACUGGGGAAACUUAAGAAUUUCCAGCUGGAGAUUCCCAUUGACAACACAGUGAAACCUGUGGCUCAGAGUGUUAGACCCGUACCAUUUAGUAUUAGACUAGAGGAAAAAUCAACAAGAAACUUCAGGAGUUGUUAG